AAUUCCCACUUGAUUUUGUUUUUCGUGAGUCCGAACAUCAAACCAUAUCUCCCGAACGGAGGGAAUUAUUUCGUUAAAAUUUACUUCAAGUUUCCUGUGUGUUUUCGCCAGUGGUGAGAUGUGCGAUCUGUGGAACACCCUUAUAGUGGGCUUAGUGACAUCCUCGUUGGGGCUGGCUGUCUAUUUCGUAAUGCGGCGCCGUCGUAAUCGUCUGUACAGGAGCGCUGUGGUGCCCUAUGGCCCACGCGCUGUGGUCCGAGUGGAGAUUGCCCAACCGGACCCCUUUGAGACGGAGGAGCAGAGGGCCAUGCGGGCCUAUCUGAAGACGCAGGCGCGCUUUAUCCAUUAUCCGCCGGUAGAUAUGGGAUUCGGUACGAUGCCGCUGGUGUACCAGUACCAGAUGUUGGUCAUUUUCCGGCUGCAGGGCAUGUACCGCGAUGGGAUGCUCUUCCGUGAUGGCGUGGCCUACAUCCGAUGGCCCCGUCGCUGAGCGCUAAAGCAGUAAUCAAUAUAGUUAUAUUCAAUAAAAGGCAUGGUGUUAUAUUACAUGGCUA